UGUCUGUCAUGAAUCCCACUGAGUCUUUUUCUCGUGCCAUCUCUAACCCCCCCUGGCCAUUCACUUUAUAAAUCUCAUCACAUGACUUGUUCUUGCAUGUGAUCAUCAUCCUCUCCCUUCUCCUCUUUCUCUUCAUCUUCUCCUCUUUUCUUCAUCAUCUUCAUCUUCAACUUCAAUUAUUCCUUUUUUAUUUUCCAUUUUUUAUUUUUUAUUUUUUAUUGCUGUUUCUGAAACUUGUGUGUUUUGAUAUUACGUUUUUUAAGAACUAAAAUGAUGCCUCCAGAACAGGAAAGUGGCAUCACAACCCCUCCACCAAGCAUUUUACUAUCAAACAUCAACAGGUCAGAGAACGGUUCGGUUCAUGCCGAGCCAUCUUGCUCUGUGAAUAGUAUUAAUAAUGUCAACUCCUGUUUGGGAGAUGAGAAAGCUGACCACCUACAACCAUCCCCGCCUAGAUUUUCUCUUUUCCGGGAAUCUUUACACCCUGUAACACUCAAGUUUGAAGAUGUUACAUAUUCAAUAAAGUUGAACACCAACAAAGGAAGCUGUUUCACUUCACAAGAGCCAAAAGCAACUAAAGCAGUACUUAAUGGAGUGAGUGGAAUCGUCCGACCGGGCGAGUUACUGGCAAUGUUGGGUCCGUCCGGCAGCGGCAAGACGACCCUUCUGACGGCGUUGGCCGGCCGGUUGCGGGGCAAAAUCUCCGGCACCAUAUCGUACAAUGGCCAACCAUUCGCGAGCUGCAUGAAGAGGAAAACCGGGUUUGUCUCUCAAGACGACGUGUUGUACCCACACUUGACUGUCCUCGAGACAUUGAAAUUCGCUGCUUUGUUAAGGCUCCCGAAGAAUCUCACCAAAGAAGAGAAAAUCGAGCAGGCCGAGAUGAUCGUAGUGGAGCUUGGCCUCACUCGCUGCCGGAACACCAUCAUCGGAGGUCCUCUGCUUCGUGGUGUGUCUGGUGGUGAACGCAAACGGGUCAGUAUUGGUCAGGAAAUGCUCGUAAACCCGAGUUUGCUGCUUCUCGACGAACCCACUUCCGGUCUCGACUCCACGACGGCUCAGCGUAUCAUCGCCACUCUUCGAACACUGGCCCGCGGCCGCCGGACGGUGAUCACCACCAUCCACCAGCCUUCCAGCAGGUUGUAUAGGAUGUUUGAUAAGGUGUUGGUUUUGUGUGAAGGAUACCCGAUUUACAGCGGGCAUGCGGGUCGGGUCAUGGAGUAUUUCGGAUCCAUUGGGUUUGUUCCCGGUUUCAAUUUUAUGAACCCUGCCGACUUUUUGCUUGAUCUAGCUAAUGGUAUAGCACCUGAUAUGACACAAGAAGAUCAAUUAGAGUUUCAUGGAAGAUUAGACCAUCAUGAGGAUCAAAAUGCAAUAAAGCAAUCCUUAAUUUCAUCAUACAAAAAGAACAUAUAUCCUUCUCUGAAGACAGAGAUUAAUGAAAACUAUAAAAACCCUGUUCUUUCCACAUCAAAACCAGCAAGAGGUAGUGAGAAGGAAUGGAUGACUGGCUGGUGGGAACAGUUCAAGGUGUUGCUGACAAGGGGUUUAAAAGAAAGGAAACAUGAAUCUUACUCUGGUCUAAAGAUUUUCCAAGUCCUGUCUGUUUCAAUUCUUUCUGGUCUUCUAUGGUGGCAAUCUGAUACUUCACACAUACAAGAUCAGGUGGGACUUCUAUUUUUCUUCUCCAUCUUCUGGGGUUUCUUCCCCCUAUUCAGUGCUAUAUUUGCCUUUCCUCAAGAAAGACCAAUGCUGAUUAAAGAGCGUUCCUCGGGCAUGUACCGCCUUUCAUCCUACUACUUUGCUAGAAUGGCUGGUGAUUUGCCAAUGGAGCUUGUGCUACCAACUGUUUUUGUGACAGUUACAUAUUGGAUGGGUGGUCUUAAGCCUUCACUACUUACAUUUCUAUUCACCCUCUCAAUUGUCCUCUUUAAUGUGUUAGUCUCCCAAGGACUAGGACUAGCUCUCGGUGCCAUUCUAAUGGAUGUCAAGCAGGCUACCACUCUAAGUUCAGUGACAAUGUUGGUGUUCUUACUAGCUGGUGGAUACUACAUUCAGAACAUCCCGAAUUUCAUCGCUUGGUUGAAGUACGUAUCGUUUAGUCACUACUGCUACAAGCUUCUUGUUGGCGUUCAAUAUUCAGCGAAUGAGGUUUAUGAAUGUGGAGUUGGAUUGCAUUGCAAGGCGAUGGACUUUCCUGCUAUUAAAUUUUUAGGACUUGACAAUCUGUGGUGGGAUGUAGCUGCUUUGGCUGUCAUGCUGGUUGGAUAUAGAGUUUUGGCUUAUGUUGCUUUGAGGAUGGGACAGCCUCACUGAUAACAUUUUUUUACCUUGACCAUUCAAAAAAAAAAAAAAAAAGGGGGGGAAAGAAUUUAGAGACUGAAAUAUUCUGCAAACUGAAGCAAAUGGAAUUGAUGAAAAUGUUCUUCCAACGUGAUGAUGAUCGAAUAAUCUCCUCAUUUUACUCGAAAAGUGUGAACCGUUUUCUGAUCACGCUGACUUGGUUAGAUCUAAAUUGGGUCAAUCUGUGGCUGCAAUGCAAAUUGUGUUAUUAGUUAACAAUUAGAAAUAUAUCAUGCUAUUGAUUUUUUAUGCAA